UCCUGCUCCUGCUCCUGCUCCUGCUCCUGCGUCUGGUAUCGCUGCAUGUUCCUUUGCAGGCCACUUUUCGUUCUUUGUUGUUCACCCAGUCCUCGGUCGUAUUCAACACAGUCAUUGAUAUCGCCAACCCAGCGGCCUCACCCCGGGAUACCUGAUGUGGAAGUUUCGCUGGCACUGGAUGACAACGCAAAAGUUGACCAACUCGCCCUUGUCGACCUUGCGCCUCAUUUCCUCCAGCUGUGUCCGGGCCUCCAGGUGUCUCCAGCAUCCUCUUCGCGCGGGUGAGUGAGUGCUAAAUGCUGAUGUCGAUUGACGAAUACAACCCGGAUGACUUCGUUCACGCCGGAAUCAGGAUGGUCUUGCACUCUCAACUUCCACCGGGUGGAAUGGGGCAUGGUCGGCUUCCCGCUUUCAGUUGCCAUGAUGCUCAAGAUUGCGCAAUGUUCGACACGCGUCUGAAAUGCUUGGAACAGUUACGCCGCCCCUAAAACGGAAGAAUGGGUGGGCGAGUGGAAGGGGGUACCAUUAUAUCGUAUACUGCCCGCUCAUCCGGGCCAUUUUGGAUGUGGUCGGUACCUAUUGGUGCAAGGAUCAAUAACAAACAUCCCUACCUCCCGCACUACACCCCCACAUACCACUGCUCGGAGCGGGACGCCCCGCGCACUUGCCGCGCAGUCUUGUCCGACAGCUCUCCCCCGAAAAAUACAAUCAAUCAAUCAAUCAAGCUCUCCCCCGACCACGCAAACCAAGUAGGUCGCAAAGUGGAGAUGUUGCAAGUGAGGCUCUUGACAUAACCGUCAAGCCCCUAGCCAACAACUUGACGUCUACACAGCAUGUCAGCCUUCAUCGCCAUGUUUUCGACAAAUGAGCUCGCCGACUCCUUCCAGGCCCGAUCUUCAUUCAGCUCAACCAUAUUGGGAACUUCGGCGCUCAAAUUGUGCUACCUUACAAGCAGUGCUUACCUGUUGGCGAGAUACGCGUGUGUCUUUGGCUGCUUCACCUAUCUGUAUCAACAAAGCCAUGUAGAUUUCGACCCAGCCCGAGGGGCUAAUGCAUGGCGAGGUGAAGGCCCACUCAUUGGACACGAACAUCACAGCCUCUCCAGCUGUUCGUCCUUUGCCCAACAGCGCCUGGUCUUAAGGAAUCCGACAUGUGAUCGAUACUGACUACUGAGACCCGGGGACACAAAACACCCACAUUCUUUUCCUUCGGCACCGUCCCUCAAACGCAACACGUUCGGUGCACGUUGCCCCUACCCUCUCAAUAUCACGACAUAUCGGGUUCUGCACCCGCUCGACACACAAGAUGGGACCUCCGCGCAAACAAGAGACCUCGCAAAAGUUGAAGCGGCUCAAAGAGUUCUUCCGGUCCGGUGGGAAACGCCAACAGCCUCAAGCUCCCAGACGUCCAGACGAGGACAAGAACAUGCUAUCCCCGACACGGACCCUGUCUUUCAAUAGCUAUCUUGAAAAAGUGGAGGAGGAAAACAAGCGACGUCUCCAGGCGGCAGUAGAUAUUCGCCAAGCCAUCACCCAAAACGACUAUUACCGCGUCAUUGAGUUAUAUCAGCAACAUGCCGCUCUUCGUCCCAAAGACAAGAGAGGGCGAACUCCGCUUCAUGCGGCUGCCGAGCUGGGCCGAGACCUUAUCCUGCGCUUUCUCCUGGAUCAAAAAGGUGUGAGCCUCGAUGCCACCGACAUCCAUGGCCGCACUGCUCUACACUUCGCAUCCAUUAAUAAUCAUGCUGAUUGCGUAUCCUACCUCUUGGAGAGGGGAGCAAAUGCUCAGCUUGUUGAUGGAAACGGCCACUUGCCAUCGUUCUACGCGUCAACUGACACAAAAGCCAAGUUCGACAAUCCCCCCAUUGUCCAUAGCAGCGACCAGUAUGCCGCUGCCAAUAACUGGAGAAACAGGGCUACGUUCGACACAGGACCAACACCUCCUAACGGGGCCCGAGAGGAAGUGUGUCGUUAUUUCCAAGGCAGCCUCUGGGUACCCGACCUAUCUACCAGAUUUCGUAUACUUCCGGUUUGGGAGUUGGUGUACGAAGCCGGUCGAUAUGAAGAUCUUUGUAGGCGGUUUAGCAUUCGCCAAGAAACAACGGUGGACAAGAAGAAAUGGAUCCAUCUGCCAAUUACCAGCAGGGACCUACUUCUUGACCUUACAAAGAGGAUUUACACUGCUUCAGGGCGCGAUCUACAGUCAUAUCAGAGAGUGGAAACGCUUGUCGUCGACAUGUUUCAACAGGUUGAUGUGACAGGUCCAGAGGGGAAGGUCCACUUCAAGUUCAAGAGCUUGAAGCAUAGCGGUCAAACCGACUCCGACGAAGGGCGAUCUAAAUCCGGAAGCAUUUAUGCGAUGGCCCUUCCUGUGGUCGAUGUCGACAAGAAAGAUUACGUUUCUGUGGCGCGCGUAGCCCAAGAACAAGCGACGAAAAAAGCGAAGCCGAGGCAAGAAACAAAGUUGUAUCUUGGUGAUCGUGCAAAGAAGCACUUUGGCUAUAUGCUCAAGGCAGUGGGCUUCAUGGGCCAACCGCUGCCUCGUUGCCUCGACCAAUCCUAUCAUGACGACUUGGACAGCGAUAAACUGGAUUUUCUCAACAACGACCAGGUCAUCGUACGGUACAUCAGAUAUCUGAAGGCCAGAUGCUCGCGGGCUGCCAAAGAAAUGGGAUAUUCGGCUGGCCUUGACUCGGCGGAUCUUGGCGAAAAGGCAAGAGCUCAUGCUCAGUACGAAGACGCUGAGCCAGCGCCUCAAAAUGAACCCGACCAUCGCCAGCAACCGACGAGCAUCCGAGUAGGAUCCUUAGAAAACGACAGACCUCCAGCACAAGACAAUACGACCAGUCAUAUCUCGAGGGAACAAGGACCACAGCCAUUGGAACAGACAUCCUUCGAAGCACCGCGACCUCCACACAGCCCACGAAGGACCUACACUGGUGCUUCGACGACAUCACAGCCGCGCCAGUUUUCGCUUCAACGCUCAGACACCGAUAAAAGCAUGUCUCCAGAGGAUGCGAUGAGGCUUUUCGAGUCUCUGCACGUUGAAGCGAGUGACCAGAAGAAGCUACCACAAUCUGAGAAGCCAUCCAUGUUAUCCGGAUUGGGCCCUUCUAACGUAACCCACCAAUCUCCCGGCCAAACUGAACAUCGGGCAGGCCCAGCCACGCCAAAGCCUGCAACGCCUGGCACCCCCGGUGCUUUUGUGAAGGGACCUGCGGACAUUGGGGAUCAGGGAAACGCGAACAGCGGUGGCCCGGGAUAUGUGUUUGCGUCUGAACCAAUAUCUUUAAAAGAGUCAGAUGACUUUUUGACUGUCCCGUAUUUCUGGCUCUUCAAACUCGACGCAGACACAAUAGUAACUCUCUACCCGGAGAGGUGGGACAUGGGGAACGAACAACAACUGCAGCGUCAUAUUCUGGACAGUGUCAGUGAUGACCGGCACAUUCACAGCAAAACUCAUGACAACAACGGCGAGGACCUGGACAUAGAUCUUGUAACCAAGGCUAUUCUGAAAGCGUGCAUGUCUUUCGAGGCAAAGGCGCUUGUCCCGUCCAUCAAUCCGGAUGCCAUCUUCGAUGAGGAUGACGAAUGUAACGGUGGAGAGCUCAGAAGGGUGAUGCUUCCGUAUACAGAAGCCUUUUCGGCCUCAAUCGCUCAGCUUUACUUCCAAGUCACACAACGCUUUGAUAGGUUGAAAAGGGGAAUGGGCUCGAUUAGCAAAGACCCAAACAAGUUCUACCAAGACACACAGAACGAAACGGCCAUCCUCAUCGACAUCGAUGAUACCAUUGGCGAGAUCGGGAUGAUUAAACGAAUCUUGUCAAAUCAGAUCAAGAUCUUUGAUCGAUUCCAAAAUGAGGUUCGAGGCAAGAACCCUAACAAGGUUGCCAAAGUACACGAGGGAGAGAUCUUGGCACGGUUUGAUAUACUCGAGGAUGAAGCGAAUCGUGUCCGGUCCAUGGUUACUACCUUGCUGAACUUGCGUCAACGAGAAGCAACUCUCGAGGACGCUCUGUCCAUGGGUGAGCAAUCGACCAUGCUCUUCGUUUUCACUGCAGUGACUGUCCUAUUUGCCCCUCUAUCAUUUGUUGUUGGACUGUUGGCCCUGAAUGUAGACGGGCUUCCGGAUAGAUGGAGUCGGCCACCACUCGCCGAAGUUUUCGGCCUCUCUACCUUGGCAACUGGUGGUCUUUGCGUGAUCUUGUGGUCCAUCUUCAACCGGUACUACCGGCGUGCUCAUGGUCUCGACAACGACCUUGACUUCGAUCCGAGUCCAUCGGCUGAGAAUGGAUACCAAAUGAAGAGCUCGGCAUGGUGGAGAAGGACGUGGCCGACUAUAUUUGAAGGACGGAGCCGUAGAAAACCGACAGUACGAGGAACCCCGGCUGUUUUCCAUCAAGGACCAGGAGAACAAGGCCCGAACCGAGACGCCAUUUUACAUAGUCCUACUCGACAAGACAAUGCAGGUGCAGAUUCCAAUUUGCAACUUGUCGGAAGCUUAAGGGGUGGUACAAGAAGAAGAAGAGGUAUGAGCGGGGAGAUGAGUAUAGGGACGAGUCUUUCUUCACUGUCCAUGGCAUCGUCGAGUCGUGUAUGGUCAUGGAAUGGGAGAACAAAACCGGAUGGGCUGGCGUUGGGAGACAUCGAGUUUGGUGUCCUUCAUGUGUAAGUGGCACUGGCCUAGUACGCGUUGAGCAGCUUGAGCUGGCUCUAGAUACCUCAGAGUACAGGAACAAAAAGGCAGGGGACGAGCUUCUCAAGACCAUGAAGAUUUCCAGACGAUCCAUCUGCGCCAGUAUCAGCUCCCCCUUACUUCCUUCCUCGGCUUCCAUAUCACUCCAUAUCCCCAGCUCGAACAACCUCCAUCAAC